AUGGCAUGGAUCUUGUCUGCUCUCCAACGACUAAGCAGGGUUGUUCCUGGAUGGGAGACCAAUAAGAAAUCCCUAGUAGGAGGAGAUGCAAAAGAGCAAAGCAAAUUGGAAAAGAAUAAGAACGUUGAUGCCCCCUGGGCACUGGCCAGAAGAGCAGAGCCAAAGGUCUCUGGCUGGCCAGAGCAAGAUGGUGCCACCGUAAGCCUGAAAGGAGCUUAUCCUGAAAACGAUCAGAACAAAUUCAUUAAUUCCCAGGGACGGUACGUUGAACUGGAGAGCAGCCCGGCUCAGCUGACGAUCCCUGCAGGUGAGAGCCAGAAGCCCGGAAGUGAGCGUGAGAAAUCCUGUGCUCGCUGCAGCAAGGACUUGAAACUCAAGUGCAACAUGCAGGCGCAGGAGAGGACUCGCGCGGGCGAGAAGCCGUACAAGUGCUCCGUGUGCGGGAAGGGCUUCAGCACGAGGGCCUAUUUGAUCACCCAUGAGAGGAUCCACACGGGCGAGAAGCCUUACCGGUGUUCUGACUGCGGGAAGAGUUUCUGCGACAACUCCAACCUCAUCGUCCACAAAAGGACCCACACGGGGGAGCGGCCGUACCAGUGCACUGAUUGCGGGAAGAGCUUCCGGGAGCGGCCGGUCCUCAUCCGGCACCAGCGGAUCCACACGGGGGAGAAACCCUACAAAUGCCGAAACUGCGGGAAAGGCUUCAGCCAGAGCUCUGGCCUCGUGGUGCAUGAACGCACUCACACCCGGGAGAAGCCGUACGCCUGUGCUGAUUGUGGGAAGACCUUUGGGGGCAACUCAAACUUGAGGGUGCACAUGAGGAUCCACACAGGGGAAAAACCAUACCGGUGCUCCGAUUGUGGGAGAACGUUUGGUGACAGGUCGCUUCUCAUCAGGCACCGGAGCAGCCACCAAGAGGAGAAAGGUUAAUGCAAAUCAAAAUCCGGACUUGGUGCGCUGGUGAAGCCAUAAAGAGAGAUUCGUGUGCCCUACUAACUGGAAACUUCGAUCUGUGCGUGCGUAGUGUGUUCCUAUGCUUGUUGUGGGCACCACAGCCUAAAAAGGACUUCAACAAAUUUGGGAGUGAAUUCAGAGGAGGGCUACCAAGAUUGUAGGGGGAGGAGAGCCUGGAAGGCAAAUCCUGCGAGGAACUAAGUAUGUUUAGUCUCCAGAAAAGAGGACGGAGGGAACUUUAGAGUCCACUGGAGUGGGCGGCUGUAUUAAAUAUAAAUCAUAACAGCAACAACCACUUUUCAGGUAUCUGAAGUACAGGAGAGCAAGACCAAA